CCUGCUUGUAUGGUUGUAAUUAUGAGGGAAAAUAUAGCUUGUUGAGUGCUGAAAAAGAAAUCAGACGAUGAAUGUAUGAGUAAAAAUUUCGACACAUUAACUUGUUCUUGAUCCCUCUGGCUUGUUCCUUUGACAUUAUUGUCCGCACUUGCUUGUCUACACAUGCGCUUAUAAAAAGCAAAGUUAAUUGCGAAUGUGGAGGAAAGUUGUACUGGUGCUAGAUUGAUAAACAAUACUCGAUAAAAUGCCAAGUAAAUGCUUUCUGAAUUGAUCCCACAGUGGAGUUUACCUUUGUCAUUAAAUAUACCAGCUAAUAAGAAAAAUGGUAAUGUCAUCAAGACUGUCACUACAAAUGUAACUGCAAAAACAUACCAUGCAAAUUUAUUUGACAAAUUAGCAUAUGUCAUUGGCUUAAGAACACUUAGUAAACGAUCAACUGCUCCACAUAAUAAAAAGUUGCUCACUAAAGUAGAAGAAAGCGCCCUUAUGAAACAGUAA